UUGCAGUGUUUGCUAUAAAGGAAAAAAGGAAAAGCUAGAGCAAUUCAAUUCUGUUCCCUGAGAAAUCAAAACCCUAAAAAAAUGGGAGGCAAAUGUCCAAGCAGGAAGGUGAAGAAGAGAAGAUACUCUCACAAGACGGCUCGUCGCUCCAAAUUCCUCCUCAAAGCCGACGAUGCGGUAUAUGAGGAGCUGCAAAAACCUGAUGGAGAGAUGAAGUCAAUUUUGCCUCUCGACGAGGAUUUACCUGGCAUGGGCCAAUAUUACUGUCUCCACUGCGACCGCUACUUUGCUAAUGUGACUGUGAGGGAUGAGCACUUCAAGACCAAACGCCACAAGAAGCGUGUGAAGCAAAUGAUGGGACCUGCACCUCAUACUCAACUCGAUGCUGAGUUAGCUGCUGGAAUGGGUGCCCCGGAUAAUGGUCUUAAGCUUAUGUCCAUGUGAGCAUCCUGUUUUUGGUUUCUUUGCUGAUACACUAGUUUAGAUGACAAGUAAAUUCAAACAGGCCUUCUUUAGCUGGAGGUUAUUUUGUUUUGUAACAAAGGUCUCUGCAGUGGUACCUUAUAUCCGAAGGGAAGGCCUGAUACCUUGGCCAAUUGAUGUUAUGUGGAUUUUACAUCCGGGCAUAUUGAUGGUCAUGUGAUCAUAACUUUACAGGGAAUUCUAUAUAAAAAAAAAUGUGAUGAGAAAUUUUUUCACCA